CUGGCCUCCGCACCGCCUCACCACCCGCACCGUCACUGUCAUCAGGCGUAGCCAUGUGUAUUCUGCUGUACUCAUGGUAGCCAUCACUAGCGCAACAUUUUCUUUCUUCACCGCAAGCGGCAAAAGCUGAGUGUUUACGCUGUUCAGAAGUUCAAAGAAACUGAUUCAGGCCAAAAAGAAGAGAUUGUUGAUAAAUCAUGGACGAUGAAUCAAUUAAAAUUUUGCAUGAUGCAGCAGACAGAAAAGAGAGCAUAACAGAGAACGAAGCAGCUAAAUCCAAAUAUCCUGAUAUUGAUGUGAAAGAUGUGUGUAUACCAAGUCCAGGUCCAAGUCCUCCAGGAAAACAUGCUCUGGGGAAAAAGGCUGACUGGAAAGAUAGUGAACUUGUUUCCAGAGGUGGUGGCAUGGAACAUAUAGACACUUUUGGGGCUGUAAAUAUGGAGGCUUCCAUUACAACUGAGGAUAUCAUUCGUGCUGGGGGAUUUGGAGCUCGGGAUGAUAUAAGUAGUUUCCUUCCUGUUGCAAGCGAUACAACUGAUUUUGAAGCCUCAAUUCGCGAUGCACAUGACUAUGAAGAGCCACAAGGGGAACCAUGCAGACCAGGUCUUGGCUGGACAGAUGCAUCAGGAAGAAAGUAGCUCCAUGAUGCUGCUUUUGUAAGUGGUCUGAUGGAUCAGCUUGUCCAGCAUUUGCUUUUAUCAAUACUUUAUUGAUUUUAUUACAACUUUUGAUGAUUUGCAUUUGUUUAUAUCUCAAUGUCAUAACUUGGCACGAGUUUAUGCAGAUAGUGGUAUAGAUUAAGUAAAUAUCUGCUAUCUGCUCUAAAAUCACUUCCUAUAAUGCUGAAAUUAUUUCUUUGAUUA